CCCGCCGCGGCCGUUCACGCCCGAGCGCCGCCGCCGCCGCCGGUCCCGCGUGUGCCCCGCUGAGGGGGAGGGGCGGGCCGGGGGUGGGGGCGGAGGGGUUGUGGUUCCACUGCAGCGGGGGCUCCUGUGUCCUUGUGCGGAAAUGACACACGGAGUCCCGUCACGUCACGCGAGAGCGCAGCGCACGGACACACACAAAGAGAGGGGAAAAUACACGGCGCCCGCCCGCCGCCCCCAGCGACUCCCCGGGCCGCCCCGGCCGGGCCCUCCGCGCGCGGCCCCCACUCCGCAGCCUCGCGCCCCCCCCCACCCCCCACGUGGCGCCCCAGCUCGGCGCGGGCCCGCUCCGCAAAGUACAGAACUCGCGUCCCAGUGGAAUAGAAGAUGAACGCAACUGAAUUCAGUGAAGAUGUAGAAGAAGUCCUAAAGAAUAACACUGUGAAAGUGGAAACAGAGGCUGAAGAUGCUGCCCUGGACUGCUCUGUGAAUUCCAGGUCCUCCGAGAAGCACCCUCUGGACAGCGUCUUCACUGGCCUCCAGGACUCCAGCAAGAGAAAGCAACCGGGCAGCGAGGGUCCGCUGGACUCGGUCCCGAGCGUGAAGAGGCGGCGGCUGAUUCCCGAGGCGCUCCUAGCAGGCAUGCGGAACCGGGAAAACAGCUCGCCCUGCCAGGGCAACGGGGAGCAGGCGGGCAGGGGCAAGAACGCGGGCUCCGUGUGGCCAGGCGAGGAGGAGCCCUGCAACGACGUGACCACGCCCUCCUACAAGAAGCCUCUGUACGGCAUCUCGCACAAGAUCAUGGAGAAGAAGAACCCUCCCGCAGGGGACGUGCUCAACACGUACGAGCUCUUCGAGAAGGCGAACGCCAGCAACAGCCCCUCACCGCUGCGACUCCUGAAUGAGCCACAGAAGCGGGACUGUGGCGGCGCUGCGGCGGCCACCGACGGUGACCCCAACAUCUACUUUCUCAUCCAGAAGAUGUUCUACAUGCUCAACACGCUCUCCUCCAACAUGUCCCAACUGCACAGCAAGGUGGACCUGCUCUCCCUGGAGGUGAGCCGCAUCAAGAAGCAGGUGAGCCCCACCGAGAUGGUGGCCAAGUUCCAGCCGCCCCCCGAGUAUCAGCUCACGGCCGCCGAGCUCAAGCAGAUCGUGGACCAGAGCCUGUCAGGCGGCGACCUGGCCUGCCGCCUGCUGGUGCAGCUCUUCCCCGAGCUCUUCAGCGACGUGGACUUCUCCCGGGGCUGCAGCGCCUGCGGCUUUGCGGCCAAGCGCAAGCUGGAGUCGCUGCACCUGCAGCUCAUCCGCAAUUACGUGGAGGUCUACUACCCAUCGGUGAAGGACACGGCCGUGUGGCAGGCCGAGUGCCUGCCCCAGCUGAACGACUUCUUCAGUCGCUUCUGGGCGCAACGGGAAAUGGAGGACAGCCAGCCCGGCGGCCAGGUCGCCAGCUUCUUCGAGGCCGAGCAGGUGGACGCCGGCCACUUCCUGGACAACAAAGACCAGGAGGAGGCCCUGUCCCUGGACCGGAGCAGCACCAUCGCCUCGGACCACGUGGUGGACACACAGGACCUCACCGAGUUCCUGGACGAAGCCUCGUCGCCCGGCGAGUUCGCGGUCUUCCUCCUGCACCGCCUCUUCCCCGAGCUCUUCGACCACCGGAAGCUGGGCGAGCAGUACAGCUGCUACGGGGACGGCGGCAAGCAGGAGCUGGACCCGCAGCGGCUGCAGAUCAUCCGCAACUACACGGAGAUCUACUUCCCCGACAUGCAGGAGGAGGAGGCCUGGCUGCAGCAGUGCGCGCAGCGCAUCAACGACGAGCUGGAGGGCCUGGGGCUGGACGCGGGCAGUGAGGGCGAGCCCCCGCGGGACGACUGCUACGACUCGUCCAGCCUGCCUGAUGACAUCUCCGUGGUCAAGGUGGAAGACAGCUUCGAGGGCGAGCGGCCCGGCCGGCGGUCCAAGAAGAUCUGGCUGGUGCCCAUCGACUUCGACAAGCUGGAGAUCCCGCAGCCCGACUUCGAGGUGCCGGGCGCCGACUGCCUGCUCAGCAAGGAGCAGCUGCGCAGCAUCUACGAGAGCAGCCUGUCCAUAGGCAACUUCGCCUCGCGCCUGCUCGUGCACCUAUUCCCCGAGCUCUUCACCCACGAGAACCUGCGCAAGCAGUACAACUGCAGCGGCUCCCUGGGCAAGAAGCAGCUGGACCCGUCCCGCAUCAAGCUCAUCCGCCACUACGUGCAGCUGCUCUACCCGCGGGCCAAGAACGACCGCGUCUGGACGCUGGAGUUCGUGGGCAAACUGGACGAGCGCUGCCGGCGCCGGGACACCGAGCAGAGGCGCUCCUACCAGCAGCAGCGCAAGGUCCACGUGCCGGGCCCCGAGUGCAGGGACCUGGCCAGCUAUGCAAUCAACCCUGAGCGGUUCCGGGAGGAAUUUGAGGGGCCCCCGCUGCCCCCCGAAAGGAGCAGCAAGGACUUCUGCAAGAUCCCCCUGGACGAGCUGGUGGUGCCCUCGCCCGACUUCCCGGUGCCUUCGCCCUACCUGCUGUCAGACAAGGAGGUGCGCGAGAUCGUGCAGCAGAGCCUCUCCGUGGGCAACUUCGCCGCGCGGCUGCUCGUCAGGCUCUUCCCCGAGCUCUUCACCGCCGAGAACCUGCGGCUGCAGUACAACCACUCCGGGGCGUGCAACAAGAAGCAGCUGGACCCCACGCGGCUGAGGCUCAUCCGCCACUACGUGGAGGCCGUGUACCCGGUGGAGAAGAUGGAGGAGGUGUGGCACUACGAAUGUAUCCCGAGCAUCGACGAACGAUGCCGCCGCCCUAACAGGAAGAAAUGCGACAUCCUGAAGAAAGCCAAGAAGGUGGAGAAGUGAUGGGCACCGCAGGCACUGAGCUGUCCGCCGGAGCCCGCGAUGUGUUCGCAGCCACGCACCUUAUGUCGGCGGGGAGUGGCCUGCUGCAUUUGCACAUGUGAGCGCCCCGCCCGCCACGGCCACGAGAAAGAAGCCUCGCAUCUGGUCUCUUGUACUUACGACUUUUGUCCUGUGUUCCUGGUGGUGCAGCCAGAGUAUGGGGAGAGCCGUGCUGUGAGAGCAGAGAGGCCUCACAAGUCGGGGUUCCCUCUCCUUGGCAGUGUCCUCCCAGUCUUCUCACAAUUUGAAAUGCAAAUUGAGCAACCUUCUUGGUCCUCUUCCCACAUUUUACAUCUUCCACGUCUAUCAAAUUUUUUUUUAAUUAAAAAGAAAUCCUUUUUAAGAAGAUCACUGGGCUCUAUGGAGGCCAUUUUACUUAGAAAAAAAAAUCUUUAAAAUAUUGAGAUGAAGUACUAUACGAUGACUUCAGUUGCUGAGAAUUUUUUUUUAAGAUGGUUUCAGAGAUAUGAAAUUUUUAGAAGUGCCAUGUUCAUGCAUGAUGGCGAAUAGCUUCAGGUGGCAUAGAGACGGAUUUUACUGACCUUGUCUUUUACAUCGGAUUUUGGAAGAGUCAGGAUGCCUCUUGGAUGGCGGUGGAGGGGAUGGAAUAGUGCGAUGUCCUUUCUGACCAUGGUCAGUCACACUCUCCCUCCCACUGCGGUGCCUAGCAAGGGGCUUAGGGGGCGGCCUGGCCUGGCCUGUCCCACAGUGCUGCGCCGGGAGAAUGCUGUGCCGACUCUGUAGAUGAGAACACUGGAUGAUGGGGAUGAUGAUGAUAUGAAUGUAGAUAGACGUGGAAACACGUUCACAUGUCUUCAUUUGAGCUGUGUCCUUCCACUGCCCCCUUCCCUCUCUACACAAGGAUGCUGAUUGGAGGGGCAAACACAUUUCCUUGGAAAAGUGUGUGUGUGGAUAUUUGGCUUCUUGUUUGAUUUAAGGAUGGGCCCCUCUGGGCUCACCAAGACCUGUUUACUUUCCAUGUGUGUAUUUGUACAAAACCCGGGUUCUGGGAGCUGUAUGGUGACUUCACCACACCUCAGUGUCAGCUCCUCCAGUCAGUACACAUCCUUGUUCCUCAGGGCGGGCCUUGGGCUCUCUUGGGCAUACCUGGUAUUGGAAGGAUACAGGCCAUCUCAAGUGGGGCUCCCAUAUCCCUUCCCAGGGUCCACUCAGAGCUUUCCCUUUGGGCCCCCAGAAGGUCCUGCUGUCCUACAUCUGGCCAGCCCCUUGGCCUCGGGAUGAGACACCUCUUUUCUCUCCCCUGGUUGGGAAGGUCACACUGCUCCAGGCCAGAGGCAUGCUCUCUGGGAUUCCAACCAGGAAACUCCCCAACCGGUGAAGUCCUUAACAUAAAAACAAUACUUUUACCUACCUGACUUUGGGGGCCAGUGCCUAAGAGGGAAAGGAAACCGUCUAACCCAAACACAUCAUACCAGAAAGCUAGAAAAAGAAUUGAAUCACACAGGGUAGAUGUAAAACCCUUGUGGAAUGUUACAGAUUAAAUAACCUAAUGGCUUAAUAUUUUGCUACCUUAAAAUGCAGAAAUAAUAGAAACAAUCUGUGAAUUUUCUUCAUACAGAUAAAGACUUCAGUUUCAGUGGCUGUAUGACAGAAUUUUGCCUGCACCCAGUGGGCAUUUUUUUUUUAAUAUGACAAGCUUCUGAGCAGUGCAAAGUUGCUCAUCUAACUUUAGUAAAUUUGCUUUUAAAUGUCAUUUACAGAUUAUUUCUGUUGAAACUGCGGACCUAAAUUAUUGCAAUUUAGAAAUGCACAGGGACUUAAUAAUGACUCUCUCCCACCCACCCACACGCAUUUCUUAGUAAAAAACUGAAGUGAGAUGAAGGGGAGCGACAUGAAUAAUAAGCUCAACCUCUUUGUGCCUGGAAAGGAGGAGGACUGGAGCAGCCGGAGACUCACUUCCCCCUCUCCUGGGCCUUUCUCUAUGCCUUAGUCUCUCCAGCACACAAAUGCAUGCCUGCGCGCUCCUGCGCACACACCCAAAGAUGGCAGUGGCACUCGCUUGCUCACCAGCCCUGCUGGUGGGAGGGUGCCAUGGAAUUUGUUCUGGUCUCUAGGAUGUAUCCAAGAGGAUUCCAAGCCAUGUGAAAACUGCCCUGCUUUCUAGAGGGUAGGAUGUGACCCUGCAACUUCAGAAGCACAAUCAUCUAAUAAUUAAAAAAAAAAAAAAAGCUUCCUAUCUACCCACAAUAGAGACAUCAACAGGUUCUAGGAAUGAAAUAUGUCUCUUUAUAACCUGGAGCAUGUUCAAUUUUUGGAAACCAUGUUUUGGUGGUUUCCUUAAUACCUUUCCUGUGUAGGGCUUCUUCCCCCCCAAAUCUUAGAGUCCCUUCCAGUGAAGAGAGGUGGACACACUCUGUGAGCUGUUUCUUGUCUCUCUGGACUGACGCAUCAGAAACCGCCUGCAGGUCCUGUGUCUGUCAGUGUGGUAUCCUCAGUGCUCCAGCCAUACAGGUGGGCUCCAGGGGCCGUUUUUGUUUUUACACGAAGCAAUAGAAGUACAAAAUACUAAUUUUUUUUCAAAAUUUAAUGUUUUCCAUAAAAUCUGUUGGCAAAACCCAUUUUCCUUCCCCAUCUAAAUUCUUUGAUUUUUACUUGUUUGUGUUUUUUGGAAUUUUUUCCCUGUCACAUCCAGAGGACUAAAGAAGUAGCACAGAUACAUUCUGAUGUUGAGUAAAAUAGCAAGUCACAAUAGGCGGUAGUGUCCCUUGUUUUUCUCUGUUAGUAAGUUUUAAAAGAAUGUAUGAAGAUAGUCAUGAAUGUACUAAGUGUUCUAAUCCUGCUUCAGUUCACUUUGGCUGUGUCUACAUGACAACCCGUGUUUGACAGGGAAUAAAGUCGUGUCCAGUGUCAUGGGUGUGAGUGGGCCCCUCCCCCUUCAGUGUUUGGCCACCAACCUCCCUUCCUUUUUAAGUUUGUGGGGAGGGGCACCACAUCAGCAGCAAUCAUCAACCAACCAAUGGGAUCUACUUAGUGGUGAAUAGAUGAGCUGUUUAAGAGUCACUAAGAGUCACUGGCCUGACUACACCACCGCAUGGCCACUCGGGUUCCUGCAGAGAUGGCCUCCGUGUCCACCUUAGCCCCCAAUGUUUACUUCGUGCCUGAUUGAGGAGGAGGGUUUCCAGACCCCAGAUUGGAGGCCGUUGAGCUCUUACCCUGCCUCGCUGUGUUAGAUAGAUGAUAUGAAGUGGGGACGGGGGGUUAAGGGACUCUUACUGUCAUUUGGAGGUACUUGCUUCUUGUAGAUCCAGCCUUAAUGUUUUUCUGACAUCCUAGUGAUAGCAGACCCUGCACAAAGUGGAUAUCAGAGUUAAUACUGUGAGGAGACAAAAUAAUGAGGAUAGUUUUACCAAAGAUAAUAAAAUAUCGCAUAAUGUCUGCAUUUUACCAUUGAUUUGAGUGCAUCCUUAGAAAACUGAAUGUAACAAAAACCCAGGACAUUUUUGGAAAUUGUAUGCUCUCUAGCAACUUUGUGUGAAUUUUUAUACAAGCACUGUUUUAUGAGUUAUAUAAAAUGUUAUAAAAAUACAA